AUGAACGUACCCAGCAGUUUCAUUUCGGCGCCUCCAGAACUUUCCUGGAAAUCCGUUGUUACCGCCACGAUUCUGCGGGGCGUUGGUGUGCGGCACACACGGCACACGUGCUUGCCAUUGUUGCUUGUCUUUCCCAUCCCCACUGGCACCGUCAACGUUUACUUAAGGAACUGCUGUGGGCUGCUCAAACUUGUGCUGAAUCUGGAAGCUGGGGUGUGUGUUCGCAGGUGUGCGGGACAGGUGGAGGCACACAUGCCGAGGGGGGGCGGCGGGGCUGGCUCCAGCUCGGGCUCAAAAGGGGCCGCGCCAUUAGGCAAACAAGAUGCCUUCAACGAAGCGCAAACGGCCAUGAGGGCGCAGGUCAUCGGGCCCUUCGAGAACCAUGGGCAGUGCAAGCUGAGCAUGGUGAACGUGACCGCCACCGCCGACAUGAAGUGCACGAUCGACCUGAAGACGGUCGUGAUGAGGGCACGCAAUGCCGAAUACAACCCCAAGCGCUUCUCGGCCUGCAUCAUCCGUCUGAUUAACAAGAACGAGCCAAAGGCGACGGCGUUGGUGUUCAAGACGGGCAAGGUGGUGGUGACGGGGUCGAGGAGCAACGCUUCGGUAGACUACGCGUGCAAGACGUUCGCUCGGAUCCUUAGCAAACUCGACAACGGCAGCGGCGGACCAUCGCACAAGAUUAACUUCGACCUCGAGAGAGACCGGCGGGUCCAGAACAUGGUGGCAACGACGGACGUGGGGUUUCCGAUUCGCCUGGAAGGCUUGGUGGCGUCGAACCAAGGGUGCUUCUGCAACUACGAACCCGAGCUGUUUCCGGGGCUGAUUUACCGCAUGAAAGAUCCCAAGAUAUGCUUCCUCAUCUUCGUUUCGGGAAAGGUGGUGCUGACGGGGGCUAAGAGCGCCCAACAGCUCGAGGAUGGCUUCAAAAAGAUGUACCCUACGCUGUGCCAAUUCAAGAAAGCCACUGUCCUCUUGCAGACCUCGGCUACUGCUCGUACCGCAAAUGCAGCUGCUUCUGCUUCUGCGUCCACUGACUCGUCCUCCGAACCAGCGCGAAAAAAGACCAAGACAUAGCAAUCAUG